GGGCGGGAAGGGAGGUUAUAUCCCUAGCUUUCUAGCUGUCUAUUUCGCUGUUUUGCCAAGCAUCAACCAACCAAUUCCCCAGUCAUCACAUGUGUGUGUGCGUUGCUCACUCUUUGAUAAAAACCGAAAUUAAUUAUUGACGAGGACAUAGCCGCGGAUGUUGCCUUUGCGUUCGCCCGUUGAAAGUUUAAAAGGCGUUCGACUGAAAGCAGCACACACACACACACUAACACACACACACACCGAUGACACACCGACCCACCACCACACUCGCACUCCGCACUUCCGUUUCCGCUUAAAAGCACCGAGAUGUGUUUACUUUGAACUAGCGAAACUGUCAACGGCAACCGCAAACUAUCGGCGGUAAGAAGGACCCGCAUCAGAGAAGCCCUUAACCAAGCCAGUUGUGAGCAAACAAAUUAGUGUUUAAUUAUACAUAGGCAACCGGGUGGCCCAUUCAUUAAACGGCACAAAAAAAUGCAUCAAAGCGGCGUAAAAUGAGUGAAAAAUCUCCAACCAGUGACAACAAAGACAAACACAAGGAGGGUAAAGGGUGAAAAGUGAGGGAAAACUGGGGGAAAAAGGACAAAAGCGGGUCAGAUACUAACCGCAUUAGAGGAUGCAGAAGCGUCCGAAAGCGGAAGUGAAGCGCGUGACGGGGCCGGCCAAGCCGCCGCGUCUGAAGGCCGCGAAAAAGCAGUUGCAGUUCGAAAGUCCGCUGCCGCGAAGGACACGCGCCGACCAGUUGCAGAAACAACAUCAUCCCAUCAGCCAGGAAGGCCAGGAGCAAAGGCAGCAGGAAAGGCAGCAGCAAAAACCAGCAGACAAAGUCAUUGCUAUGCCGGGCAGCAGCCAGGAUGCGGACACGGAUGCGGCAGCGGAAGCUGCAGUGGACGUGCCAGAAACAGAGCCAGCUCCAUGGCCAGACCCACAUCAUCCACAUCCAGAUCCCGGCCAGCUCACGGUGUCACAUUCACAGACCGUCCCCGCCUCCACCUCCUCGUACUCCUCCUCCGCCAAAAAGCGUCUCGCCGAAGGCUGCACCAGUCUUAUGUAUGCCUGUCAGCGGGGCGAUAUUGUCCAAGUGCUCGCCCAAAUGCGCGAAAAGCCCCAAUUGCUGCGGCAGCGGGACCGAAGUCAUCGCAACGCGCUGCACUACUGUGCCGCGCAGGACGUCGAUCGGAGCAAGGACCUCGUGGCGGCCGCCAGCAUCGCGAUCGCAGCCCCCGAGCUGCUGGAGUCGGCGGACGAGGAUGGCUUCACCCCGCUCCACCUGGCCGUCAUCCAGGGCAACCUGGCCAUGGUCAACCUGCUGCUGGCCAACAAGGCGGACGUGAAUGCGGUGGACAACGAGGGCCACUCGGUGGUGCACUGGGCCACGGUAUGCGGUGAGGUGGAGUCCUUGCGAGCGGUCCUAGCGGCAGGAGCAAGUGUGGCCAAGCCGGACGCCAAUGGAGGCACUCCGCUGCACUAUGCCGCCCAGAUGUGCGGAGCCAGUCACGAUAGCAAACAGCAGGCCAGUUCCAGCACCAGUUCGAGGCUCUCCUUGGAGAUCCUGGGCAUCCUGCUGUCCCAUCCCCAGAGCAGUGUGGAUGUCCAGGACAAAGAUGGUAGGCAGCCGCUUCUUUGGGCCGCCUCUGCAGGAUCAGCCAAGGCAGUGAUUGCCCUGGUUAAAGCGGGUGCCAGGGUGGAGUCCUCGGAUAAGGAUGGCCUCACUGCCUUGCAUUGUGCUGGUUCCCGAGGACACACCGAAUGCAUUGACACCCUAAUAGGCCUUUGUGGUGCCCCCUCUGAUCUCAUCGACUCCAAUGGCUGCACAGCCCUGCAUUAUGCCGUGACUUUGGGUCAUGCGGAUGCCACUGCUAGAUUGUUGGACCUGGAGGCGGAUCCCAAUCGUCAGGAUCGCAAGGGACGCACACCAGCCCACUGCGGCUGCUCCAAAGGACAAUUUGAGACCUUGAAGUUGCUAAAGGAGCGCGGCGCUAACCUCUGGCUGCGCAAUGCCAAGGGGGAUCUGCCGCUCCACGAGGCCGCCGCCUCUGGCAGAAGGGAGCUCUUGGAGUGGCUCCUCAACCAACGGCCCAAACAGGUGAACACCACUAGCAAUGAUGGACGUAGUCUUCUGCACAUUGCGGCUGCUAAUGAUUACACGGAUAUGUGUAAACUUCUACUGGAUUACGGAGCAGAUGUGAAUGCCGUGUAUAGGAAUUCCAGAGGAUUGGUCCUGACACCACUAGAUGGAGCUUUGCAGAGGGGUCAUCGUUCCACGGCCAAGUUCCUUCAGGCCAACGGGGGUCAACCGGCCAAUAAAGUAAGAUUGUCCAGCAGAAGGGCUGGGAAUCCCUUCCAUGAAACCAAUGCCACGGAUAUGGUGAGACCUCUAAAGUAUGUGGAGAAGGAGGAACUGCAUGAUCUGCGUAGCUCCAAGAAGUAUGUGGUUUACCUAAAGCGCUCUGAUUCGGAUAAUGGAAAUGGGAAUGGUAAUGGUAAGGCGGAGGAACCCGAUCCUGGGGACUGCAGCUGCUCGGAGCAGACUUACCGCAAGGAGCAGCGUAUGAGGCAUGUUUGCCGUCGGCACAAGAGGAGGCAACUGAGGAGGCGGACCAGCAGUUGUGGCGAGUCCAAGCACGAGCGAUGCAGUGAGAUCUGCCGCUCCAAGAGCAACAUCGAGAUUCGGAGGAGGAAAUCCCGCGAGCGGUACGCCAGCUCCAGUGAGUGGGAGGAGGAGGACGAUGAGGAGGACUCCUGCGAGAACUGCUGCUACCACAAAAGGCAAAAAGAUCGUGUGGUUUCCCGCAAGCGAUCCACUUCCUCCAGGAAGUCAAAAAACCGAGAAGAUAGCGAAGAGGAGAAUCAUACAGCCAACUCUUCGCCGGAAAAGGGUUCCAGGAAACCUCUGACCGUUAAUGGGGAUCAUCAGGCUAGGAAUUCCAGUGCGAAGGAUCCACCCCCAUCUUCGCCCACAAAGGAAGGAACCUUCAUCAAGUCACCAACCCAAAGCGCCAAGAGUGAGCAAACCGCUCCAAUGGACAGUCUUCUGGUGGAGGAAUCCCAUGCAGUGGAGCUAACAGAUGAAGAACAGGAGGCGGCCAAGUCGGUGGUGACACAGGUGGACGUUCAUCAUGAUGCCGAGGAGAAUCAGACUUCCAAAUCUUCCGAGGAACAACCAGCUGUAGAGGAAAAUGGUAAGGAGAAGGAGGAAGUUAAGCUGCAGCUAAGUGAAGAGGAAACCCAGUUGUUGUCCAAGGAAGUGGAGCAGGUGAUCAAGAUAGCAGCCACUGCGUUGAGCAGCGAGUCCAAGAGUUCCUCUAGUGAGGAAAAGCCAGAGGAGAAAGAGCUUCCCAAAGAAAGUGAAGAACCUGCAAUGGAAAAACCUGAAGAGGUUGCUAAGGAAUCCUCAAAGCCUCCAACCCCCAAUGCGCCACCACCCUCUAAGCCUGCCACGCCCCCACCACAACCAAAAGAGGAGGCUGGAGGAGAGAAACCACAGCCAAAUGCCAACACUGCCGAAGGGGUUGAAUCUGUGGCUUCAGAGCCACCUUCUGAUGGCAAAAAAACCGAGCAGAUUGAGCAGGCUGAAGCCAAACCGAAACCAAAUAGCAAUCCUAGUCCAACACCCACUCCGCAACACACUCCACCACCCACCGCUCCCCCAGCAGAGCCGAAAAAGCCGCCAACCGCACCACAGCCACGCCCAUCCACAGCCCAAACGCCCACCUCCCAGCCGAAGGAGCCACCGCAAAGGGAACAGGAGACGAGGCGCUCCUUCACACUCCUGGCCUCCGAUUCGGCGGACGAUGACCCAGUUCCCAAUCCGAAUUCCAUUCCUCCAGCUUCAGCUUCCGAUGAGCCAGCCAUCGAGCGGAAAUCGAGCUUCCAAGUGCUGAAAAGCGAUGACUCCCUGGAUGAAAAUGGCAAGAGACCUGGGCGCAAGGUCGACUACGACCAGGCAGGCAAUCAAGUCUUUCAGGUGGUGAGCGAGGGGGCAUCUGCGGUCCAGUUGCCCAGUGCCUCGGAGCUGGAGAAGAUGGAGUAUGAUUAUGAGGAGUACGAUGAUGAGUACGACGAUGACGAUAGGGAUGGUAUGGAUCCAGAGCAUGAUAGUGCACUGCGUCGUUUUCUCAGCAGCGGAAAUCGACAUGGAGUUGGAAGUUCUGGAGCUGGAGCAGGAGGAUUGGGUGGAGCAGCCGCAGCUGGAGGAUCCAUUGCAGAUGACACAUCAGAGGGGAUGGGUAAUGGAAGGAAACGCCGUCUUAAAAAGCGCGUGCGCAGCGGCAACAAAACGCGCAGCAAUUGGAAAAACUCUCAGGAUUCACUCGAUGGCAGCAACAUGGCUUUGGCCACCACUAAGGAUCAGGACUCGGGCUUUGAGCCCAGUCCUCGGGCGGAGCGCAGCAAGAUACCCACUCUGCGGUCCGCCCACACUGCCCACAUGCCGCGCCGACCCAUCUACGCCACUUUGGAUGGAAGAUCCUGCAGCAGCAGGAUGGAGAACCGCAAGCCAGGCGAUAAGGGAGCCUGCGACAUGGGAGCCGUCACCAGGUCCAUACAGCGCAACAUCAGGAGAUAUUAUAUGGAACGCAAGAUCUUCCAGCAUCUGCUGGAGCUCAAAUCGCUACAGAUUCGCUCCAGUAAAUUGAACGAGGCGGUGCUGGUAAAGCGGGCAGUGGAUGACUACCACAAGUCCUGCGUCCUUUUGGGCGGUGAAACGGGUACCCGACUCAGGCGCUACAACUUCAGCGAGUACACAUUCAAGAACUUCGAGCUCUUCCUCUACGAGACGCUCAAGGGACUCCAACGACCGGGCACCAACAACUUCCAGAACAUCAACGAGGUGUACGAGGAGGCGGAGCGCCGGCUAAGUCCGGAUUACAAUGCCUACGAGAAGGCGCUGCAGUGCACCACCAAGACGCACCGAUGCCUCCAUGCGGCCCAUGCCUACACGGGAAUACCCUGCGCCGCUUACAUACCCAUGAUGAAUCAUCACACAAUGCCAAAGUUCGGCUUUGGAUCGUACAAGAAGACCGGCAGCGUGAGCAGCUUCUUCCUGCCCAAAAUCCUGACCAGCGGUCGCGCCUCCAGCGGACGAGCGGCGGGCGGCAUGGGCGGCGGUACGGGUGGCAGCGCGAGCGGCAACCGCUGCAACCACAAGGUGGCGCUGGAAUUGUCGCACGGAAAGAACAAACAGCUAAUUUCACUGCCCGCGGAAAAGUUGGACAGCAAUAAGCGAUACUACGUGACGUUCACAGUUAAGGACUCCUCGGGGCCAUCGGCGUACCAGCAGCAGCAGCAGCAGCAGUAGUGCGUAUACGUAAUGUGGCGCACAGUGCGUAUACGCCACGGAUGGAUGGAUGGCCAUUGCCAUCGGGCAUCGUCGCGGGAUCCUGCGCCCGCAUCCUCAGGCUCCUUUUUAUGCUGUUUUCUGUUUUCAGUUUUUGCUGCUGUUGCUGCUCCAAAUGCAUUAAAACAAUGCCAUCGCAACAUUUUGUGUCGCUGCUCCUGCUGUCGCUGUUGCCGUUGCUGCAAUUGUUGUGGCCACCCGUUGUCCGCUCUGCCUUUUUCCAUUCGCUUCCUGUGCGGGACGCUGGAGUAUUACCGCGGCAAAUGGGGGUUUUUGCAGGGUGUAUCGCGGACGUAUACACUCAACCUAUUAGGUUGGCAAAAUUAAAUUUAUUAGGCUCGCUAUGCAAGCUCUUUGGCUACUUAAUUUUAAGGAACUAAAAGUCCAGAAAGGGUUUUGUAUUUUAUUUUUUUGGUAAGCUUAUCUAAAGAUUAGAUAAUAAUUUUUAAUUUGGCUUAAAAUUUUAGGUUAAUUUAAGAGAAACUAACUUUAAAAAGUAUUUAGGAGGGCGUCAAAUAAAUCACUAGUGGUUUAAAAUCGCUAAUCACUAGGUGUCUAAAAGUAGGCAGUGAAAAAGGAAGGCAUUUUUUAGGCAAUUCAAGGUCGUUUAAAAUAAAUUGUUGCCUACUUUUAGACACAUUUGUAAGUGAUUUGCAAAUUUUACAGAUUUCAUUGGAUUCUUCUAUAACUAAUUUUAGAAAAUCUCCUUUAAUUAUUUGUUAAAUAAGUUAAAGUCAUUGAAUAGCUCAUUUUAUUUAUUUAUUUUUUGUUUAACCAUUAAAUUUUACCCAAUAAUAGGGUAUAGAAAAGUCUACUCCCCUAUUUUUAUUAUCGCUGUUGUUUCUGCUGCACUUUAAGAUGGCCAACUGCUGAUAAUGGAUGAUGGCUCUGCUCUGCGGCUGUCAGUUGAAGUUGUCACGCCGGCAGCGAUGCAGGCAGCAAAAGCAUAGCAACAGCAUAGCAAAAGCAGGAGCAAAAGCAGCGGCAGCAGCAAUUGCUAAGGCAACGGCAGCUUAAAUUAUGUGCUCCUCCUUCAACCCCGGGCAGUUCAGUUGUUCAGUUGUUUGGUUGUUCGGUUGUUCAGCUCCGCGCUGUGUUGUUUGCCUGUUUCGCAUUCUUUUUUGCCGUCUGUUUGUUUGUUUGUUUGUCCGUUGGCGCUGCCGCUGCGCUUUUAUUUCAGUUUUUCAUUAUCAUUUUUUGUCGCAGUCGUUGGGUUUUUUUUUUGAGGGGGGCUUGGGUUCGGUGGGAGCCUGCUGCUUGGCAUCCUCCUAAUGCCGCAGAUAAGCGUUGUUAUUAACGCUCGGCUUACCAGGACUAGGCGACAGGCGUGAGGACAUGCCGCCCAUCGUCGCUUUUGUCCCCAGGAUGAGGAUGAGGAGGGAGUUCAGCAGGAGCAGCAGCAGCAGCAGCAGCAGCAACAGCAGAAGAAGCUAAAGCAGAUUCAGAAUCAGCGAAUGAAUAAAUGUAAAAUAUGUACCGUGCAUUUCUUUGGCAUUUCAACAUUUUUACUUUAUUUGCAAUUUUAUUUACUUGUCUGCUUGUGCACCCUCCUCCCAAUCUCCCUACCAUACCAUACCAUACCAUACCCUACCAUCCCAUACCAUACCAUCCCAGCCAAGCCAUUCAAGCCGUUGUUUGUUUGUUUGCUUACUUCGCGCUGAGUGCAUUGUAAAUGGAGAAUAAUUGCAUUGCAUACAAAAAGCGUCGCGAUUUUUAAAUUGUAUAAGCGAACAGGAGCAUCAGGAGCAGCAUCCUCUGCAUUCGCCGUUAAAUGAUUUCUUUAAAUAUCAAAUUAUAAGAGCGGAGUGCAUAAUAAAUUCCGCAUUUUAAGUGUUCUCGUUCCGCGUAGACCUAAGGCAGCUGUUGCAAAAUAAACGUUGAAAAUGUCUAAAUUGAA